AGAGAAUAUAUUUAGAGGUGAACAGAGCUUGCUUUCUCCUCGCGAACUGCGGUGGAGUUUUUUGCGUGUUUUAUAUAACAUGUGUUGCUUGCACCUAUAGCGACUGAUUCGACUCACUGAAGUUGAGAUUAGAGUCAUUGAUGGCAGAGGAGAGAGGAGGAGAUAUCGUCUCUGAGUUCCUGAGUCAGAACCCACACCUGGAGAACUGGGUGCAAUCUUUAAGAGGACCCUGCGAGACAAAUAAACAGUGGCACGCCAGAAGAGAGUUUGUCCUGCGCAAUAUGGAGGUCUUUCCUUCCAUCAAACCUGGGGUCCCAAGUCCUAGUUUAGACAGACUUCUGUCUCUGUCCAUGGUUUGGGCCAACCACGUGUUUUUGGGCUGUCGAUAUCCACAGCCUGUGAUGGACAAGGUACAUGAGAUGGCAGAAGGAAUCACUGUGAUUGAAGCCCCUGUGCGAAAGACUAGAGAUGAAAUCAUGGGGAAAACAAAAAGACCUGCUCUUUCAGCAGUGGAUGCUGAUUCCCAGAGUAAGAAGGCUAAACCCACCGAUACAGACGUUAAAGCUCAUGCGAGGAGUGUUGGGCGUCCAGCUGCCAGUGCUCUCAAAUCAGGCCCUCCACCAGGGGCUCCUGCAGAACACCAGCCCUUUUUUAAUCGACUCUAUAAGGCAGUUGCUUGGAAGCUUGUGUCUGCUGGUGGCUUCGGCCCCAACUUGGAACACUUUGAGAUCUUGCGCAGUUGUGUGGAGUCAUGUAAGGCCGGUCUUACUUGUGUGUUUGUUCCACUCAAAGACAUUCCUGACCUGCCCACGGGAUGUACCCAGAAAGAAGGCCAGGUGUGUGAACUGCGCUGCUGCACCGUCUACAUGGGUACGGGCUACGGGCGUGAUGAGGCUGCCGCCAGGGCUAUGGCCUCCAAGGAAGCACUCAAAGUGUUUCAAGGGCAAAAAGUGACAGUGAAAGUUUGCCGCCGCAGGUUCCAAGGACAAGACGUUGACGAUUUGGUUCUGCUGGAUGAACAGUCCAGGAGCCAAGUUUUGCCUCCGGCUCUCAGCUACCCCUUUCAGGAACACCAGUAGAGCUUCAUUCUGUUUCUCAAUCAGGUUUAAUUUGUUCAGAUUUCACUUAUUCUCAUUCAGAAUAGCACUGUGGAGAAGGACUGGUAGGUUUAUAGUAGUUUGUUAAAGUGAUCCAAAAAUGAGUUUUGCGCCUUGUAAAAUGCUCCCGCUGUUGCUUUGGAGUCUUGUUCAUGGUUUGUGGCUUUGAAGUUUAGAUGGUUUAGAUCUUCAUACUGUGGUUAUAGUUCAGUCUGACCUUGAAAAAUGUUGGUUGUUUCAAAAGCUGCUAUUUUAAUUGAUAAAUGUCAGUUGUCAAUAAUUUUGGUUUUAUUUAUUUCUAAAACAUUACAUUGAGAAUAUACAGUCUGCAUUCGAAUCUGUGGUUGGAUUUGUCCAUGUCCAAUAUUCAAAAAGAUAAUAUUCACCAAAAUAAACCUUGGAUUAAUAAAUGCAUGGGUAACAAAAUUGUAAUGGUUAGACUCAGUUUUGAUUGUUAAAAGAAAACAUUACAGUAAAUAAUAAUGCAGUAAGAAAUAAGAUCUCAUUGUUAGCUUGAUCUAAAUUUCAUGACACUGUUUUUUAUAUUUUCCCCUUGCUUCACAUGUAUUGGACAGUUUUUGUUUAUUAAUACAUGUCAUAACCACUUUCUGGGUCGAACACUGUGAUGAGGUUUGGUAAGGUGUGUUGCUGUUGUUGUGGACCUUUGGGCAGAUUCUUUAAAUGUCAAAUAAAAACUGCCAUCUGUUUCAAACCAGUGUUAAAUGUUCAGGCAGAAGUUAUCAAUGAAGUGUAAGUGUUUGGACAAAUGUAUCCCAGUCUAAUGUUCAGAAAAAGCUUAACUUGGGUUAUAUUCUGAUUUCAUAAAAAGAUGUGUUGUUCCAACCAUACAUUGUUGUUUUGUU